AUUCAUGACAGAUGCUGCACGCCGAGAACAGGAGUCCCUGAAGAAGAAGAUUCAGCCGAAGCUUUCACCGACCCUGUCCAGCUCGGUGUCUCGAGGGAAUGUGUCCACUCCACCACGUCAUGGCAGCGGAAGCCUGACUCCCCCUGUGACUCCACCCAUCACUCCCUCGUCUUCAUUCCGCAGCAGCACUCCAACAGGCAGUGAGUAUGAUGAGGAGGAGGUGGACUAUGAGGAGUCAGACAGCGAUGAGUCCUGGACCACCGAGAGUGCCAUCAGCUCCGAAGCAAUCCUCAGCUCCAUGUGCAUGAAUGGAGGGGAAGAAAAGCCCUUUGCCUGCCCAGUUCCCGGAUGUAAGAAGCGCUACAAGAAUGUGAAUGGCAUAAAGUACCACGCUAAGAACGGCCACCGAACGCAGAUCCGAGUCCGCAAACCGUUCAAAUGUCGGUGUGGGAAGAGUUACAAGACGGCUCAGGGCCUGCGACACCACACAAUCAACUUCCACCCCCCGGUGUCAGCGGAGAUGAUCAGGAAGAUGCAGCAGUGACUGCUGGUCAGAACUGUGCCAAGAAACCCUCACCAGCAGCUGCUGAUUUGAAAACAGCCACCUUUUUCAGGGGAGCACUCAGCAACCCUUUAAUGAGAAAUAAUUAAAUGCAUGCUUUAAACUUUUCUGUAAUUUUGGAAUGAUGUAUCUUUGUAGAGUUGAUGAUUUUGUACAUUUGCACAUGUAAUCAUCACACCCAUUCCCAUCACUUCGAUAUAAGGUGCUAAAUGAAAAAGCUCUAGGUUCUUCAGCACAUUUUCCCCCAAACAAAAUAAAAUUAAGGGCAUGUUGCAUACUGUUUAAUCACACUGCAGUGAUGUUAACUGG